AUGUUGCGCACUACUUUCUCUGCACUUAACAAAUCUACUCGUCUUAUCCAGAAGCCUCUUUCUCUCUCUGGAGCUCGUUUCUAUCAUGAAAAGGUUAUUGAUCACUAUGAACGUCCUCGUAAUGUUGGAUCAUUCCCCAAGACAGACACUGAUGUAGGCACUGGUCUUGUUGGAGCUCCUGCUUGUGGUGAUGUUAUGAAGUUACAAAUCAAGGUGGAUGAUGCUACCGGUAAAAUUGUUGAUGUCAAGUUCAAGACAUUUGGCUGUGGUUCUGCCAUUGCUUCUAGCAGUUUCAUGACUGAGCGUGUUCGUGGUAUGACACUUGAACAAGCUGGCCAGAUCAAGAAUACUGAAAUUGCCAAGGAAUUAUGCUUACCUCCUGUCAAAUUGCAUUGUUCCAUGCUGGCCGAAGAUGCUAUCAAGUCUGCCAUCAAGGAUUAUAAAAAGAAGCGCAGUGCUCGAGCAUAA